UUGACAGCUGGAUCCUCAUUUGCCAUCAUCCUAUUACAUCCUUUCCCUAUCUAUCGGUUGGUCUGUUCUGCAUAUCAACGGUCGCUAGCUUGCCGUUAUUUUUUCUGUCUGCGCGGCACAGAACCCACUGUCGCGCACGAUUCAACGAACCAGCUUUGAAUAAACCGAGUCCCUACAUUCCGUUCCUGAGUCGUCAUUGUUUUCGAUAACGAAUCAUCGAGAGCCAUCACGAACCAACGUCAUUCCAGACCCCUUCACGGCCACGGCCGAUUACAUACUGCAGAGGAAAAAAUACCGGCAGGAAGAUAGUGAAGAAAGAAACAAAAGAGAACAGAAGCUAUGGCAUCACUCAUCACCACCAUCAAUGCUCGGACGAGAGCCCCCUUCAAGCCGCGGUCGGCCGCAAAGGGCACCAGCAGUUACCAGUUGAGACAGUUUGCCGAGGCGACGCUUGGGAGUGGGAGUUUGAGGAAGGCUGUUCGGUUGCCCGAGGGGGAGGAUUUGAAUGAGUGGCUUGCGGUCAAUGUGGUCGACUUUUACAAUCAGAUUAACCUCCUCUAUGGAUCGAUUACUGAGUUUUGCUCGCCGUCUUCGUGUCCGGAGAUGAAGGCUACCGACGAGUUCGAGUACCUCUGGCAAGAUUCGGAACAUUACAGACGACCAACCAAGAUGUCCGCGCCGGCUUACAUUGAGCACUUGAUGAGUUGGGUGCAGAGCAAUAUCGACAACGAACAGAUGUUUCCCAGCAGGAUCGGUGUCCCAUUUCCCAGAUCAUUCUCCAGUUUACUUCGUCAGAUCUUCAAGCGCCUGUACCGAGUGUACGCGCACAUUUACUGCCACCACUACCCCGUUGUCGUCCACCUGGGUCUUGAACCACAUUUGAACACGAGCUUCAAGCAUUACGUUCUCUUCAUUGACGAGCAUCGGUUGGCGAGUGGGAAGGAUUUCUGGGGUCCAUUGGGUGAUUUGGUCGAGAGUAUGCUGCGGAGUGAUUGACACAUAUCUUUUCCGUAUAAUGUAUUGGCGUUGAGGUGUUUGGCUUUUUAUUACUUCUUUAAUAUCCUCUGUCACAUGUUAGAAAUGAGACUUAGCGAAUGACAUGCCAUUGUGCCACA